CAAACAAGAUAUCGAGAGUGUUGAAGAAAGUCACCCUACCGACUCUAAGUUACGAGAAAUGCAACAGCCUGUAUGGGAGAGUCUCAAGCCAUCUGUUUUGUGCUGGUGUCGUCAACGGAAACAGUGAUCUCUGUGGGGGUGAUUAUGGUGGACCGGCUGCUUAUUGGAUGAACUAUAAAAUACCUUUCUUGCGAGAAUGGGGCGAGAUAUAUAAUCUUCUCG